ACAAAGGACAAUCGCUUGGCGCAUCAUGGCCGCCUGACUGACGGCUGGUAUAUAAACUUUCCCACUAGUUCAGCUUCUCUAGUUACUCAUAGGUUCUCAGAGAAGGAUGGAGCGAGUAGUGUUGUUGGUCCUGGCGCUGGUAGGGAUGGUCAGCCCUAUGCCCUCUGGCGCCUCCCCAUGGGCGGUGCGGUCGUCCCUGUGUAGCCCCGGUGACCCCCCUGCAGUGUGCCAGCUGAAGAAGAGUAAGUGUGUGCCCAUCAGCAAGGCUCUGAUAGGUCCUGCAGGUCCCGUUAACAGCGUCCUCACCUGCGCCAACACCACCGGCGUCGUCCCUGAUCCCUUAUUCUUCAUGGGAAUUGGUAUGGCCUUCGCACAAGGUAACCCUGAAACCCUGGUUGACCACGUGACCUCUGACCCCUCUGCCUCCAUCGCCAUCCGUCGCUGUGUCUUCAAUGCUACCGGCUUAGCUAAUCCUGACCUAACCCUGAACCGGACCGCCGUUGCCGCUAGAGUGACUUCGGCCCUGGUGACUCCUACUAUGGUUGCUGCUGUGGCCGCUGUUAUUCCAUUCUGCCCUGAACCAGUAGACUACAGACUUACUGACUUAAUAACCUGCUUGGAGACGGCCUGCAUGAACAGCGUUCCUGUGUCUCCGUUCAUGGCCAUGGGGGCCUCAUUCGGUGCUGCCAAGACCCCCUCAGGAUUUUCGCCUGUCUCACCAACAAGGACCAACAUGCUCUCUAUGGGGUACUUUGGAGCUCCUUAACUUGUAUUUGUUGUUGGUAGUGCCUCCUUACUUACUCAUAACCCCUUGCUAGUCACUAAUAGCCCUUAGUCACUCACUACCUCUUGCUAGCCCCAUUUUGCCUGCCUCACUCAUAACACCUAUGUUUAUAGGCGUUACCUGCUUGUAGCCCCCCCCCCACCCACCUCCUUUUAUAUCCUCCUAACUGACUUAUAGUUUUCUCCUCUGUACUUGUAACAUUCUCAUUUACUCAGAACCCCAUUUUUGUUGUAGAAUCGUCACCUCUUAGCCUCUGUCUCCUUGCUUACAACAUUUUUUUUCUCUCGGCUUGUACUUCUACCUCUCUUUCUUUCCACUUCCUCCCUCCAAGCUUAUACCCUACAAUCUCCACCAUUCCUUCCAGUUUGUAAUAAUUUGCGCCCUGUUAAAAAACCGUGAGAUCAGUUCAACACUAAAAUCAAUAAGUAUUGGAAAUUAUAUAUAAACAGUAUCAAUUCGGCUUCUUAAGUUCUUGAAAUAUCGCAUCAUCAAUACAGAACAUUGCUUCGUAGUCAUAAUUAAUCAUUCAAACACAGCAGGAUAAAAAAAAUAGAUGGAAAACAGAGAAAAUCGUAAUACUGUGCAUAUAUAUUAAUAAAAAAAUCAAGUAUAUAUAGGAAUUAGUUUUUAAACCCGUUCAUUGUCAAUAGUCUCCAGAAUUUGGUGGACGAGAGGUAAUUGUGUAUUUCCUCGUAUGUCUGUAAAUUAUGAAGCGUUCCUUGCAUAUCUAACUAUAGUAUUGUGUUUUCUUCAUCACAAACUAUCAGUGAUAUAAUACAAUAAAUCUAUGGUGUUGAUUGGCACAGUUGAGGAGUAAAAAAAAAUAGAAUGAAUCUUCGCGCACUUUAGCUGUGGUCGUCAGCUCAGUAAACCAUUGCCAACCGCUGAAAAUUUCCUCAAGCUUCCCUAGCCUACACUCAUACCACCAGCUUCUCUCUAUAAACCUGCUACGCUCUGUUCAUUAACGCAGCUCCUUGGUCACCCACCUUAUUUAUUGUUAUAACAUUAGACGGUUACGUUUUGAUAACCUACAGAGUGAAUAUCUGAGUCAUGGUGUAUCUGGGUUAUUCAGUUAUUUCCACCUACCUGUGAUCUAUAUUUGUUAUUCUCAGAUGAUUGUUUACUCACUGACAUAACGCACUGUAACAUGUUGAGUCAGAUUACUGAAUACUGUAUUAUUAAACGUGUGAAUAAUGUUAAGAGGUGGUAACAUCUAAAACACGAACAAAAGAAUAACAAUUGGUUUGUUUAAACAUGAUUGUAUUUACUGUUUGUUUAGCGAGUGAGUGUAUACAUCAGUGAGCUGGGAUAAUGAACACACAUCUUAUUUGUACUUUUUGCUGGAAGAUAAAGACAUUGGUGACAUCCUGUGAAACAAUUGUUGUAAUAAAUCUUGAUGGUGCAUA